CGGCAUGCAGGGACUCACUCACUGACAUAUAUUUAAAAGGAACCCAUUAGUGGCGUGGCAAUUCGAUAAACCUUUUUUUAAACCGUUUUGUAAAGAUUUCAAUCAGAUGGUGAUUACGUGGGGCUAAUAAUAUAAAUAUGAGGAUUGUCAAUGAUUUAUGAGCGAUCUUUUUUUCUGCAAUAGAUUGGUCCAGCCUGACCUGCUGUAAAGCAGUUUGAUAUUUGGUCAACAUGGCUGCGUCCUGCGCUGUUGGUUUGGGUGUUUCGUUGGCGAGAGGUCUUGUGAGAUACGCAGAGGCAAGCCGGUUGCUUGCACCAUGCAGAGUCCUGCCUCAGUCCUGCAUCCAUACAACCACCGCUCUGGAAGGCAAUAAAAACUGGGAGCGAAAGAACCGCGUCCUGCACCAGCCGCAGCCUCCCGAGGAAACACGCAGAGCAGCCGAAGUAUUCCACUGUCGAAGACAAAUUAAAUACAGCAAGGACAAGAUGUGGUAUUUGGCAAAAAUGAUCAGAGGCAUGACUAUUGAGCAGGCCAUUGCACAGCUGGAGUUCAAUGACAAAAAGGGGGCGGCAAUAAUCAAAGAGGUUCUUCUGGAAGCCCAGGAGAUGGCAGUGAAAAGCCACAAUGUUGAAUACAAGUCGAAUCUGUAUGUUGCCGAGUCCUUCUCUGGUAAGGGUCAGUAUCUGAAGCGAAUCCGAAUCCAUGGCAGAGGCAUGUUCGGCAUCAUGGACAAGGUGUACUGCCAUUACUUUGUGAAGCUGGUGGAGGGCGUGGCUCCCACAGAGGAGCCGAGGACUGGCUUUGAUCAGGCCAAGGAGUAUGUGCAACAGCUUCGCAAUCGAACCAUCAUCCACUCUCUGUAGCAAAGAAACACAUGGCAUCCUCCAGCAAGCUCUCACACAUCAUCCUACAGCAAGCUCUCACACAUCAUCCUACAGCAAGCCCUCACACAUCAUCCUCCAGCAAGCUCUCACACAUCAUCCUACAGCAAGCCCUCACACAUCAUCCUCCAGCAAGCUCUCACACAUCAUCCUCCAGCAAGCUCUCACACAUCAUCCUACAGCAAGCCUUCACACAUCAUCCUCCAGCAAGCUCUCACACAUCAUCCUCCAGCAAGCUCUCACACAUCAUCCUACAGCAAGCCCUCACACAUCAUCCUCCAGCAAGCUCUCACACAUCAUCCUACAGCAAGCCCUCACACAUCAUCCUCCAGCAAGCUCUCACACAUCAUCCUCCAGCGAGCCCUCACACAUCAUCCUCCAGCAAGCUCUCACACAUCAUCCUCCAGCAAGC